GCUCUGCUGUCUGCAACCAGGUUGGCAUCGUAAAAAGAGAAUAUGUUCUCAAUUGCCUUAACCUGGUUCAUUAAAUAAAUGUGAACUAAAUUAAGUACAUGUACUUGCAUUAGUUUAUGGGCAGGUAUGGCACAUCACAUCCAACAUGGCGGACGCGCUGACGUGUCGCAGCCGGUGACGUCUUUACCUGGAGACCACAGGGACACGAAGUUACUAUUUAAAUAUAAGAAAUUAGCUUGUUUACAGUUUGUAGAUUCUUCUAUAAUCACUUAAAUCUCGAAGACAUUAAGUUCAAAAUCAAGCUUUUAAACUUUUGGAAUUCCGUUAGUUUGGAACGCAUCAUUACGUUACAUAUAACAUCGUUCCCCCACAUAUGUACCAGUUUAGUACGUUUUAAAAAGAAAAUGGCUUGUUUGCUUCCGUUAGUUUGGAAUGCAUCAUUACGGUACAUAUAACAUCGUUCCCCCACAUAUGUACCAAUUUAGUACGUUUUAAAAAGAAAAUGGCUUGUUUGCAGUUGGUCAACCCACUCUAAAUGUCUCCCAAAAAUGUUCAAGAUAUUAUUAAAAUUGAAACUCGACAACGUUUCGAUUUCCAGCGUUAUUGAACGCAUCAUGACGAGCAUACGGAAGUGCCUCUUGCAGGCUAGCAUGUUAAGCUAGGCUAACUAGCUAGCUAACAAGGAUUGUCUGCAGCAACGCUGCGUAAACAAGCGUGUUAACGUGUUUUAUUUGCGAAUGGCUAUAUUGCCGUGUACGACGCAUUUAAAGUAAACGGGGAAAAAAACAACUGCAACCGCCAACGAGAGAGGGAAGUUGGAAGGCCUAAGCUUGCGCAGUGUGGGUCGGUAAAGCGGCGGUCGACAUGUCCUCGUUCUCCGUGGCGGCUCUCGAGAAGAAACUGUCCGAGCUAAGCAACUCUCAGCAGAGCGUCCAGACGCUGUCGCUGUGGCUCAUCCACCACAGGAAGCACGCCAAGAACAUCGUGCAAGUUUGGUACAGCGAGCUCGUCAAAGUUCCGGUGUCACGCAAGCUGACCUUCCUGUACCUGGCCAAUGACGUCAUUCAGAACAGCAAGAGGAAAGGACCCGAGUUCACGGAGGAUUUCGCGCCGGUCAUCGUCGAUGCGUUCAAGCAUGUUUACAGGGAGUGCGAGGACGGCUGUAAGAAGCAACUGGGCCGGGUGCUGUCCAUCUGGCAGGAGAGAGCCGUCUACGACGACGAGCUGCUGGACCAGCUCUCCAGAGUCCUCUAUGGCGAGAAGAAGCCCACCAAGAGGUCCUACGAGUCCAUCCAAGCGGUCAACGACAACUUUGCUGGCCGGACUUCUCCAGCCGAGCCCCCGCAGACGUCGGAGCUGAUCCGAGCGCUGCAGGAGCUUGAGAACGCCACCUCGGGAGACGCGCUGCUGCGGCAGCGCAUUUCGUCGCUGCCUGCCGAGGUGCAGGACACCUCGCUGCUGCACAGGAUCACAGAUAAGGAGUCGGGCGCGCGCUUCUCCCGGCAGGUGGACGACGCCUGCAUGCUGCUGGCCGACUACAGCGGCCGACUGGCGGCGGAGAUCGACGACCGGCGGCAGCUGACGCGCACGCUGACUAGCUUCCUGCAGAGUCAGCGCGAUGGUCUGGUGCACAACGAGCACAAACUUGAAGAAUACAAACGCAAACUGGCCCGAGUGAGCCUGGUCCGGAAAGAGCUACGAGCCCGCUUGAACAAUCUCCCGGGCGGACUCCGCGACUCCUCCACUUGACAUUCGACCGUGAAUCUCUCGCUUCUUCUUGUUUUAGCGAAUUGUUUGUCCUCUUUUUUAAAGUGUACAUUCUAUUCCCCUGCCUCAUCCACCCCCAGCCCCCCCUUUUACUGUUAUUUUACAUGAAUAUGAUUAUUUUUCUCACGUAUACUCAUAGUAUCGCACCCUUCUCGUCAACUUGCUUUGACCGUGCUCCUCUAUUAACUGUAACUGUUAAUUCAAGCUGGAAUUGCAGAAGUGUUGAGUGUGGAGUCAGUGUACAUAACACGCAACUGCAUGUAAAUAUAUUUGAAUUUAUGUCAAUGUGAAAUUUUCCAUUCAUGUUGUUUUUUUUGUACCUAUCUGCUGGUGUCCAAAUAAACAACACGACUAUCA